UUGUGGAGCCGUUGGUCUUGUUUGUGGAAGCGAUCGGAGUGAUCCAAAUUACCAUGCAGCUUAGUAAGGAGGUAUCGGACCACGUCGAUGACAACGGGCCCUUAGCUAAGGGUUUGAUAAUUGGAACAACAGCCAUAGCCUACACAGCUUCAUUCAUCUUUGCCAUCAUUAUAUGCAGGACUGGAUCGUGGCCUAUUAUAUAUAUGUUAAUGGUCAUCAUUCUGGUUUCAUUGGUCCAUCUUGCCCUGACCAUCAGAGCUGACCAAGGUAUCAUAUCCAAUUGUUCUGUAGUGAGCAUGUGUAUGCUAGGUGCUCUCUGUGCGGGUGUUUACGAGUCUAAUCUCAUCCACAAUCCUCUUCCAGAACCCAAGGAAUGGUCAGAUGAAUCUUUUAAUUAUCUCUCACUUUUUCAACUCGUGGUAUCUACUGCGACAUCAAGUAUGACCCUUGUAACCAAGGCAACCCGUUUCCUGUACAAGCUUGUCAAUCCUGUUCUGAUAUCUCUCAUCGUGGUUCGUACUGUCAGCAUCCAACAAGUUAUGGGUCUUAUUCUCUCACGAUUUUAUCAGUACAUGCUGGACGAUGAAGAUAACGAGAUGGAGGAGGAGUCUUAUCUGGAGGAUGUCGUCGAGGAACCUACCUGUCUCCCGGGCGUACCAGCCUGCUUGGAACCCUCUGCCCUCCCCACCAAACUCUCCCUCAUCUUCGUCUACACCCAGCUGGUCAUCCGGACCAUGGCCCUCUCCGGAGGGCAUCGUCCCUACCGGUCCCUGGUCCCGGCGGGCCUCCAGGAGGUGAUGCUGAGUGGUGUGUGGCACCAGGUGGGGCUCUUCAGGAUGAUGCAGAUAUGCAUCCUUGGGUUGGUCUAUCCAUAUAAGUUACACAGAGAAAGCGUAGAAGAAGAUGAAGACUGGUGAAACUCGACCCCUGUUACACCAAGAUAAAUCUGACCCUGCAUGGCCUGAGCUAGGUGUACCUGGACAACAGGUCAACAACAAUAGGUCCAUGGUCUAAGGCUGGCCCCAGAUAACCAAGUUACACAGAGAAAGCGUAGAAGAUGAAGACUGGUAAAGGAUGA